AUGUCCAACGAAUACAAAUGUCCCAUCAAUCAAUACGGCGUCCGCUACUUCAACCCUGCUGGCCCGCAAACAGAAAUCGCGGAGCAAUUGCAUCUCUCCAACGCCGCUGUCCUCCCGGCCCACGGCCAAGUGGUGCAUAUUGUGGGGCAACUCGGUCGUGAAAACGAUGGCUCCUACCCCGACGAUGCUGCUCAGCAACUCCGAUUGGCGUUUGUCAACACGGAGAAAGCUCUCCACGCGGCGGGAGUGACGGCGGGCUGGCGCGCGGUCUUUUCGGCAACGUUGUACAUUUCUGGAGAUGCCGCAGACAAUCAAAGCCAAGCGGAGGCGUACGUGAAGUGUAUGGACGACUUCUGCGGCACAAACCGGCCCUUGGUCACCGCUGUCGUGGUCAAACAGCUGCUGGUACCGGGAGCUUUGGUGGAAAUGAGUAGUCAGGCGAUCUUGGGCAACGCUACCAUGUUGUAG